AUGUCACAUGAAUUAAAUAGUGAAGCCCAAUUCGACCUCCACCAAGAGUCAAAUUUCUCAAAACCAAGCAAAAUUUUGCCAAUAAUAAGCAAAGAUCAGUUUGAUGAAACAAUAGCAAUUCCUAAAUUGAAAAGCGACAAAGAAGAAAAUGUAUGCAGAAUAUGCAUGGAAUACGCAACACUUACUUGCCCCCUGAUUUCACCUUGCCGCUGCACAGGAUCAGUCAAGUACAUACACGAAGAAUGCCUCAAAACCUGGUUGGUCUCUCAAGACAAAGACCUUGCAGAAGGUACAUGUGAGCUCUGUCAAACAAAAUUUACCAUGGUUUUUGAAGUCUCUAACAAGUGUUCUCCAAGAGAAAGCCUAAAGCAAGGGAUUACACAUUUUCUUUUCAUCCCACUUCUAACUGCAGUAAUGGUUAUGCUUUUUGUUAUUGUUUACCUGCUCGCAGACAAGUAUUUAUCAGAUUCAAAUGACCAAGAAAAAGGCUACAUGAUCGCUUUAAUGGUUAUUUGUGGAAUAUCUGGGCUUGUGAUAUUUUUAUUGAUUUGCAACUCAGUAAAAGAAACAUGUAUUAUUGGAAAAUUAACGAACUGGGUUAUUUUGUCACAGAAUUAUGACUUAGAUCAAAGCAUAAGUCCGAUGAAAAAUGAGAUCUCAAAAGACGAUAUCCUUGAAAGAAGCGCUUCAAUUGAAAACAAUGUGAUGCUGAUUCCGAAGAAGGUGACUGUAAGAUCGAAAAAAGUAAGAACUCCUACAUUAAAUCCACCCAUGGUUCCUGUAUAUAGAGCAGGAAAUGCAGUUGCGUUCACACCAAGAUGCAUUUCAGCUAUGAGUCUUGUGUCGGCGAACUCGAGCUUAUUGAUGAGAAGAGCAGCAUCAAGGUCUGACCCUUUAUCAGAUAAUGAGCAGUCAGGUGAGAAGUUAGAUUCAAAUAUGCCUUUUCUUCGAAACGCAGAAGCCUAG